AUUCCUUUUGGAAAAUGCCGAACCGGAAGUUUGCUGAUGGUGAGGUGGUGAUGGGCCGUUGGCCAGGAAGUGUCCUGUACUAUGAAGUAACAGUGGCUGGUUACAAUGAUGUUUCUCAUUUUUAUACUGUUAAGUACAAAGAUGGGACUGAACUUGAAUUGAAAGAAAGUGAUAUAAGGUCACAAUCAUCGUUCAGGUAUAGGAAGAGCCAGUCGUCUUCAAGUUCUCCCUCCAGAAGAAGUAGUAGCAGGUCUCGAUCUAGAUCUCCUGGUCGGCCAGCAAAAGGCAGACGUCGUUCCUCUUCCCACAGCAGAGAACAUAAAGAUGACAAGAAGAAGACCGUUCAGGAAACCAGCUUGGCUCUACUGUUGGAGUGUAGUGGGCCUCAGAUCCUCUCUAUCCCCAGCUCCAAAAUCCUAGGGGUCAACCUUGGGUCUCCCCUGGAUCUUUCUGCCAGAGACUCCAG